AUGGCGUCUCCGCAGAAUGACAUGAGCUUAGUAGUGCUCGGAUCUGGGGGAGUUGGUAAAUCAGCGCUAACAGUUCAGUUUCACCAACAAGUUUUUGUGCAGGAAUAUGAUCCCACACUGGAGGACAACUACGUAAAACGGCACGACGUAGACGGUCAAACAUACAAACUGAGCAUCUUGGACACGGCUGGUCAAGAUGAGUUCUCUCUCUUCCGCGAGAACUAUUACAAAAGCGGCCAAGGAUUCAUCAUUGUCUGCUCCUUCGACAGCAGAGCUUCUCUUGACGAAGUGAGGAAGUUCUUUGACGAAAUUCAGCGAACCUCAGAGAGAAAGCACGGACCGAUCAUCAUAGCGGUCAACAAAGCGGACAAAGAAGACCGUCAAUUCCAAGAAGACGCCGUCAGAAGUAUGUGCAACCAGCUAAACUUGCGCUACAUCGUUACUUCUGCCAAAACAAACCUCAAUGUUGAGAAUUUGUUCACUGAGAUCGUCCGAGAAGUGGUCCAAUACAGGCUGAAAAACCCGCCACCGCAGCCAAAGAAGAACAAAAAGAAAAAGGGCUGUCAAAUCAUGUGA